GGGACCCGCGGCGGGCGGGGCGGGAGCCCGGAGGACCCUCGGCGCGCACUUCGGCGGCGCCCAGGCGGUGCUCGCAACUCCUCCGGGCGGUUAAGGGCACAGGACGCGCCGGGGCCGUCCCUCGCCGCCUGGUCGCUUCUCAGGCUGGUCUUUGUCUCCCCACCGCUCGGCCCCUGACAUCUCACCGUGCGGCGUGCCGAGGGAAUCUGGAAAAGUUGCAAGCAAAACAUCAGUUUUCCAAGAAAAGUCUGGGUAACAGAAGUUCUGGAUAACAGGGCAAACCAGUUGAUUCAUCAUGAGUUGGAGCUUCCUGACUCGCCUGCUAGAGGAGAUCCACAACCACUCCACAUUUGUGGGGAAGAUCUGGCUCACUGUUUUGAUUGUCUUCCGGAUUGUCCUUACAGCUGUAGGAGGAGAGUCUAUCUAUUAUGACGAGCAAAGCAAAUUUGUGUGCAACACAGAGCAGCCAGGCUGCGAAAAUGUCUGCUAUGAUGCCUUUGCACCCCUCUCGCAUGUGCGCUUCUGGGUGUUCCAGAUCAUCCUGGUGGCAACUCCCUCAGUGAUGUAUCUGGGCUAUGCCAUUCAUAAGAUUGCCAAAAUGGAGCAUGGUGAAGCAGACAAGAAGGCAGCCAGGGGCAAACCCUAUGGAAUGCGUUGGAAACAGCACCGGGCUCUGGAAGAAACAGAAGAGGACCAUGAAGAGGAUCCCAUGAUGUACCCAGAAAUGGAAUUAGAAAGUGAAAAAGAAAAUAAAGAGCAGAGCCAGCCUAAACCCAAGCAUGAUGGCCGACGGCGGAUUCGGGAGGAUGGGCUCAUGAAAAUCUAUGUGUUGCAAUUAUUGGCAAGGACCAUGUUUGAGGUGGGUUUUCUGAUAGGGCAAUAUUUUCUGUAUGGCUUCCAAGUCCACCCAUCUUAUGUGUGCAGCAGAUUUCCUUGCCCACAUAAGAUAGACUGCUUUAUUUCAAGACCUACUGAAAAGACCAUCUUCCUUCUGAUAAUGUAUGGUGUUACGGGCCUUUGCCUAUUGCUUAACAUUUGGGAGAUGCUUCAUUUAGGAUUUGGGACCAUUCGAGACUCACUAAACAAUAAAAGGCGGGAACCUGAAGAUCCGGGUGCUUACAAUUAUCCUUUUACUUGGAAUACACCAUCUGCUCCUCCUGGCUAUAACAUUGCCGUCAAACCAGAUCAAAUCCAGUACACUGAACUGUCUAAUGCCAAGAUCGCCUACAAGCAAAACAAAGCCAACAUCGCCCAGGAACAGCAGUAUUGCAACCAUGAGGAGAAUCUCCCAGCUGAUCUAGAGACUCUGCAGCGGGAGAUCAGAAUGGCUCAGGAACGCUUGGAUCUAGCAAUCCAGGCCUAUAGUCACCAAAACAACCCCCAUGGUCCCCGGGAAAAAAAAGCCAAGGUGGGGUCCAAAGCUGGGUCCAACAAAAGCAGUGCCAGUAGCAGAUCAGGAGAUGGGAAGACCUCUGUCUGGAUUUAAUCUUGGCUGGACUUAAAACUUGUGCUUUUCAUACUUGAUGAGCCUGAAGGAAGAAUAGUGGCUUUGCCAGCGGAAAGGUUGGAGAUUUGAGAGUGAUGGAAAGGGAAGGAGUCAAGCAGAAAUGCCAGGGAAAGCCAGGCAAAGACAUUUGGUCCCAGAAGCAUCCACUUAGUUUCGACAUACAGUGCCCCUGGUGUUUCGUCUUGGCCUGUUGUGAUGAGAAUGUUAUCUUUUGUGUCUGGAUGAUUCUUCAACUUCCUAAAGUAUAAAGUAAGUCUAAGUCACCUCCCCAUGUGUGCACACACUGUUUUUUACAUCUGUUUUUUAUUUUCUGGGUAAAUUUUUAAUUAUGACAUAAUUUUCCCAUUUCUCACAGCACUUAGUACAUUUCUUUCAGCCUGUGAACAUAUAUAAUUACAUGUUGUGGACCUACGUUAAGCAAAUGGCUCUGUCAGUGUCCCGCUUAACCCAUUGAACACUGAAUCUGUAAAAUAUUGUUCUGGUUAUUUUUCUGGAACUUACAGGGAUUUGUGUAAAAACCUGUCAGCAUUUUUUUUUUCCCCCUAUCAAAAUCACUCAUUGUUUUGAAUCGCCUUAUAAGACAUGCUCUUCCAUGGGACAUUUGCUUCUCCUCUAAACAGAAUUUGAGUGUUUAGUCCUUCAUAUUGCUAGAAUCAGGAAAUGAUCAAGAUUGUGUUUGUGUUCUUUAAUAUACUGUUGGAUUUAUUCUAAUACAGUAUGGCACUUUCUUUUAUUGAUCUAUUAUUCAGAAGAGAUUUGUAGAAAGAAUAGGCUUUCUUAUUUCAAAUUACAUACAGUUCUCCCCAAUGAAGUGUUAAUGUUCAUUUUGUGGCUUUGUUGUUACUUAUGACUUCGUUUCACCUGUUUCUAAUUUGUUCAUUUAAAACCACAAGUUUAUUUCA